AUGGCGAACCACAAAAGAAUAUACCGGAUAGCAUUCCUCGCCGUCAUUGGCGGGGCCCUCUUUGGCUUCGACAUCUCCUCCAUGUCGGCCAUCAUCGCGACACAACCCUACCUGUGUCAGUUCAACGAGCGCGGCUUUGACGAUAAGGGCCAAUGCCUGGGUCCGUCCUCCGUUACCCAAGGAGGCAUCGUCGCCGCCAUGCCCGGCGGCUCGUUGGUCGGUGCCCUAGUCUCCGGCUGGCUCUCCGACCGCAUGGGCCGGAAGAAGACCAUCAUGAUCGGCUCAAUCGUUUGGAUCGUCGGGUCCAUCGUGGUCUGCGCUUCGGUUCACCUAAGCAUGCUCGCGAUUGGGCGGUUCAUCAACGGCUUCGCUGUCGGCAUCUGCUCUGCCCAGGUGCCCGUCUACAUCACCGAAAUCGCUCCGCCGACGAUGCGUGGUCGCCUGGUCAGCCUGCAGCAGUGGGCCAUCACCUGGGGCAUUCUUAUCAUGUACUUCAUUUGCUUUGGAUGCUCGUACAUCGAGGGAAGCGCCGCCUUCCGCGUCCCCUGGGCUUUGCAGAUGCUCCCCGCAGUCGGCCUCUUCGUCGGCCUCCUGCGGGAGCCCGAGUCUCCCCGGUGGCUUUUCACGAGGGGCCGCGAGGCCGAGGCCGAGAAUGUCCUGGCUCUGCUCCACGGCAACGGCGACGUCAAUAACCGCUUUGUCCAGCGCGAGCUCCAGCAGAUCCGCGCCGCCGUCCAGGAGGAGCACAGUCAUGCCGAUGCCCGCUGGUCCGAGUUGUUCGCCCCCAAGAUGCUCAACAGGACCGCCAUCGGCGUCUUCACUCAAAUCUGGUCCCAGCUCACAGGCAUGAAUGUGAUGAUGUACUAUAUCACAUAUGUCUUCACCAUGGCAGGGCUCGCAGAAUCCGGUACCAACGCGGUCCUGAUUCCCAGCAGCGUCAGCUUUGCCAUCAAUGUCAUCAUGACGGUACCGGCCCUCCUCUGGCUGGACCGCUGGGGCCGCCGGGCGCCUCUUCUUAUCGGGUCCGCCUUGAUGUGUCUCUUUCUCGUCAUCAACGCCAUCAUGUUCGGUGUCUACGCCCGCACUCCGUACCCCGGCGAAUUCCCGUCGGCGUCCGAGUCCAUGGCUGUGAGCGGACCGGCAGCUUGGGUCAUUAUCGUCUCGACGUGCCUGUUUGUCGCUAGCUUUGCGCCGACCUGGGGCCCCGUGUCCUGGACCUACCCUCCCGAGCUCUUCCCCCUGCGCCUCCGCGGCAAGGCCGUCGCCCUCGCGACCGCGGCCAACUGGACUUUCAACUUUGCCCUUGCCUAUUUCGUCCCCCCGGCCUUUGAGCACAUUACCUGGAAGACAUACAUCAUCUUUGCCGUCUUCUGUGCCGUGAUGCACCUUCACGUUUUCUUCCUGUUCCCUGAGACCGCCAACAAGUCACUCGAAGAGGUGGCACAACUCUUUGAUGACACGGAACCAGGUGCAAUCAAAUACAUCGGGACACCGGCGUGGAAGACCCGAAACAAUCGGGCGGUUAUGAUGGAGCAAGAGGAAAAGCGCGCCUCCCCUGCGGAUACGGAGCUGGGUCUCAUCAGCCCGGCCCAGGAAUGCCCGAAAUAA